GUGUACGAGGUGUUCAGUGUGAUCCGAGAUCUGGGAGCCAUCGCCCAGGUGCACGCUGAGAAUGGAGACAUUGUAGCUGAGGAGCAGCAGAAGAUCCUGGAGCAGGGGAUCACUGGGCCUGAGGGACACGUGCUGAGCCGCCCUGAGGAGGUGGAGGCGGAGGCUGUGAACCGCUCUGUGACGGUGGCCAAUCAGACCAACUGCCCUCUCUACGUUACCAAGGUGAUGAGCAAGAGCGCUGCUGAUGUCAUCGCCCAGGCCAGGAAGAAGGGCACUGUGGUCUACGGAGAGCCAAUCACUGCGAGCCUGGGAACAGACGGCUCUCACUACUGGAGCAAGAACUGGGCCAAGGCAGCAGCCUACGUCACCUCCCCCCCCCUGAGCCCCGACCCCACCACACCAGACUAUCUCAACUCCCUGCUGUCCUGUGGUGACCUGCAGGUGACAGGAAGUGCGCACUGUCCCUUUAACACGGCCCAGCGUGCCGUGGGCAAAGACGACUUCAGCUUGAUCCCUGAAGGCGUCAAUGGUACUGAGGAGAGGAUGUCUAUCAUCUGGGACAAGUGUGUGGUGACGGGUAAGAUGGACGAGAACCAGUUUGUGUCGGUGACCAGCACCAACGCAGCCAAGAUCUUCAACAUGUACCCCCGCAAGGGCCGCAUCGCCGUGGGCUCAGACGCCGACCUGGUGCUGUGGGACCCCGACGUCACCAAGAUCAUCUCUGCCAAGAGCCACAACUCGACUGUGGAGUACAACAUCUUUGAGGGCACGGAGGUGCGCGGCGGGCCUCUGGUGGUGAUCAGCCAGGGGAAGAUCGUGUUGGAGGAAGGGAACCUCCACACCAUCGAGGGCUCGGGACGCUUCGUGGCCCGCAAGCCUUUCCCCGACUACGUCUACAAGAGGAUAAAGGCUCGCAGCAGGCUUGCUGAGCUGAGGGGUGUACCCAGAGGUCUGUAUGAUGGCCCAGUCUGCGAGGUGUCCGUCACCCCCAAAACCAUGACCCCUGCCUCCUCCGCCAAGAACUCGCCGGCCAAGCAGCCCAACCAGCCCGUCCGUAACCUGCACCAGUCUGGGUUCAGCCUCUCCGGCGCUCAGAUGGACGACAACAUUCCUCGCCGGAACACCCAGCGCACCUUGGCCCCCCCUGGCGGCAGGGCCAACAUCACCAGCCUGGGUUAGGGGUCCGCCCUCGGCCACUUAGGAGGAAACAAAGACCGGAGGACGGGUCGGCCGACAGGAGCUGAGGGGUCAAGAAAAAUCACGACACCGGGAACCAAACCCUUCCCAGCACCGGUCCAUCCGUCAGCCUCCAUCUUUCCCCUCUCCUUUACCACGUACCCUCCUCCCCCUCCCCAAAACCGGAUCCUAGAGGACACAGUUAGAAAAAAAAAUGUCUGCCUCAUAUGAUGAAAAAAUGAAAUACUCCUUAUUUGAGCACUUUUGACAUUAUUUCGUUUUUUUAUACCGUACUUUUCUCCCUGCCAUUGUAUUCUUUUAAUGUUUUUGUUGUUUUAUUAGGGGGGUCAAGUGGGACUGAAUUAAGAGAAGAGGAACAUUUUCAUGCAGGAUGUUCAUUGUGUUUCUUUUCAUUUGGGGAGUGGUUUAAAUGGAGCAUUUGUACAAAACUAGAUUAUCUUUCCUUGAAUAGGUCAAGCUGGAUGAUUGAAAUUGUCUUACAGUUAAUUCAGGAGGCAAGAACAGAGUAUCUGUGAUUUGUACUGUGUUGCAUUUGAAUUGCUUCCCUUUUCAGUGCACCGCCAUCCAUCACACACUGCUGCGAUCCAUUUCCAAUUGAUUAUUAUUAGCCAUGAGGUCGGCCUUGAGGUUAAACAAAUAUUUGAUUUGGGUUAUAGACUCUGGCUGCACUGGCUCUCAUCUCAUGUUUCCCUUUUGCUAAGCUAAAUAAGUAAAAAACCAUAUUCCAUAUUUGGCAGCUGCCUUAGAGCUUGUGAGUGUUAGGAGAAGGAGCUUUGGCAGGUAGUAAAUAGAGCUUUAUGCCUCGGUUUUUUUAAGCGUUAGGCCAUUGUUAAGUGGGAGAAUUGUAGGAAAGAUUUAGGGAGGAAAGAGAAAGUUGUACUCGCUGUCACUUCAAACCUUUCCUUGCCUUAUUGUCUCUUAAUGCCGUCCUAUUAGAUAACUCUUAGAGGUGCGGGAAAGGUGCCAUUCACUGCUACAAAUUCCCCAGUUUGUUUCCUGUAAUUAUAACGGUUUUGAUAGACAGCUGUCAGUCAGCCGUUAACUGUCCCAUCACCAACCAGUGCAUUUACAUACAGAAUGUUUCUCCUCCUCCAAAUGUGACUGUUUUAUACUCAUCCAAAUCCCUUUUUCUUUUCCACUCUUUAUGUGCCUGAACCCACAGAAGUUAUACUGAUAAUCCUGGUAAAAUAGCCAGGAUAAACCGAUUCAAGGGUGCCAGAGUUUGUGCUUUCAUAGGGCCUAUCCUACCGGUAGAGCCCCUGAAAAGUAGAAAAAUGCUCGAUAUCUUGAAAUGUUUUAGAGUUUUUAACUUGUUGUCAAACUGCUUUUUAGUGUCAUUCUGUAACUAGGUGCCUAAGGGCUGAGCACUAUUGAUUUAUGCUUGAAAGUAGACAUGAGCUAAUGUACUUUUGUGCAGUGUUAAUGUGUGAGGAAUGGGACACGCACAGCAGGCUCCUGUAAAGCACUGUUUACUGUUGUGGACUUGACGUUUUAUUUUUUACGUGAUCUGGUUUUCAUUAAGCCAAGCAACUGAUUUCCUGUGUUAGUUCUUGUGUCAACAAGGUCUUGGCCACCAGUCACCUUCUCUCUGCAGGCUUUUCUCCCUCCAUGACUCGACACGGAGUAACAGGCUCACAAAGGGAUCAGGGGCCUCUUUACAGAAUCUCAUCUCGGUUUAGGAUGACAUGCAAGAAACAUGUUUCCUAACUACUUAUAGGGAUUACAAAUAAAAACCUGAAUUGUAGUAUUUACUUUGAACAGAACUAUUGCCUACUAAGUUAGGAUGGCAUAUACUCUGUCCUAAAUGUAAAUGAACAGCACUGCUGUCUGUAUGACAAUGAAAGCAGGGAACGUAUCAAAUAUGAUACAUGAAAGGCCACUCCAACCAUAUGACACUUAUUUAUUAGGAAAACGUGUCUCUUUUUUCCCUCCAUGAGAGCACGGCUGAUAGAGCAAGUUCUAGCUAGCCGAUGACAAGUGAGAGCAGUUGAUAUUGUGGCUGAUCCGUCUUGAGUACAUUUUAAUCAAAUAUUCAGGCAGAAUCCAAUGUACAGGUAUUAGGAUUUCUUAAGACAAGAUAUUAGAUCCAAAAAAAGAUGGGACAUGGCCAUGAAUUAAGCUUUUCCUUCUGUGAUAGUAAGAUAAAAUCAUAUGUUUGAAACUUAGGACAAGCAGCUAGGAUAUUUUUCUGUAAUGAUGAGGCCCCAGUUACUUUAACUCUGUAGGCUAUGUAUACUACUAACACAGACUUCAUUUUAGUCAACAGGGUGGUGAAGAGCUACUUGUCGCUAUAGCAGCACAUAAGAGCUUGCGUUAGCUUUACUGAACCCUGACUCACACACAUGCAUACUGUAGGCUAGAUAUAGCCUACACCACGUCUGUUUGCUUUCAUACACACUUUUUAAACUUUCCCUCUAAUCUAACUGGAAACGUAUAGAAGACAAAGUCUUUCAGUGUUACGCAUGGUGUAUAUGUAUUUAAAGAAUCCACAGCAGGGGGAAUGACAGCAUUCAAAUAUGUGACAAGAUAGGAACGGGAAAUGGAAACUUCAUUUCCACGGCAACUUACUCAUCACACAACAAGGUGUUAGUCAGGAGUGGGGAAUUUGACCCCGACCAGCGACUUUCACAUUAAUCUACACUAUUUCUCUCUGCUGCUUUAGGCGGGAGAGUAUGUGGGUGGAGAUUUAGGAGGCGAAAUCCAGCACACAAAUACAAUCUGGCAGCAAACGUAGCUCUUGAUAGAGUUAUAGCAUGCUGCUUGUAUUUUCCGCGUCACUCCUUCCUUUCAGUUUGUCUUUAUCCGUCUUCCUCCCUCCCUGCUUCCCUCCCUUUUUGGCUCUUUUAAUGUUUCUGGACUGGCUGUUGCCGGGGCGACAGACCCCUCCACUCCUGCAGGGUUCUGUUUUUUUGUUUGUCAUGGCAACGCUUGUCAGGUCGGAGGUUGCCAUAUGCAACCAGUGCUGACCUGGCGCUAUUAGAAACAGCUUUGCGCCCACACACAGGUUUUUAUUAUUAUUCUGUGACAGUUCUGCACCAUUUCGACAUAAUCCUGUAAGCCUACUGAGUUACUUGGAAUCCCCUGCUGCUUAAAAAGGAAUCGGUUAGAAAUAAAAGCACUACAGACUGUAGAUGAAACACACACCACUAAACAUCAGUUGCUGUGAUGCAGCACCCUUGCCUGGAGAAUUGACAAACCAUCCGUCAACACCGGCACCCCCUCCCCGUGUCCCAUGCCUCCCCAAACGUACACACACUAAAACACACCUCCUUUUAACGCUCUGUCGGCUGGAAUGCUAUUCUAUGCCAUAUUAUGCUAAUUGUUUACGAGUGAUAUGUAUGUAGUGUACGCAACGUGCUGCAGGCUGAGAGGAGCUUCCUUUGUUGCUGUUGAACACCUUCUUGCCCCCAAACCCCCUCGCCCCCUCUGUAAGCCCCCCACCCCUUGUGAAAGUGAAACUGUGUGAUGGUAUUUGUCUUGGUGGCUGUGGGGUUUCUGGGAUGCUUGCUCAGUAUGGAAAAAGAGUCAAAUCCCAUGGAUGGUGAUGUAAAAAAACAAACAAGAAGGACAACAAACAAUAAAAAAAUGAGAAAAAGGGAA